CUUCUGCCUCGCACCUCACGCGAGAUCUCCAUCAACCAUGGAUCUCUCUAGUCUUACUCGGCCCGCCGUGCUAUGCCAAUGCUCACGUUGCUCGAGCUCGCUUGCCGUCCUGGAGAACGAGUGGGCCAAGUUGUCAAACUCGUAUUCAGUCGUCGCAGGAUGGCUUAGCGUCAACCUAAACCGGAUCUUGAUCUCCUCAGAACGAAAGCAGAUACCCCAGACAUCUGAGUUGAGCCUCUUGCGGGGGCGCAUUCUACAAGAGAUUGGUUGCAAGCUGUGCCAGCUGAAAGUUGGGGUGCUAUGUGCGCUAGAUAAUGGCCCGAAUAUAUUCUGGAAAAUGUCCAAGGUGUCGUUUAGAGAGAUUGUGACUAUGAGGACCGUGGAACCAGUAUUGAAGGAAGGAAUAGUCGAAUGGCUUCUUCAGCUGCCAUCGAAGGAUGAGGCUAAUUCCGGGUUGGGUGGGAACAGGAUAUCUGGACAAGAGACUUUGGUUCGGACAAGUUCUCUGGAAGAUGGUGGAUCUGGCCAGUCCGUGCAGCAGAUUCAACACCAGGCUACGAGUAUCGAUCAGAUCUCGAGCUCCGUCUGUGGCCUGCAGGAUUCCAUGGCCGAGCUAAAAUCCGCCUUUACAGCGCUUCGUAUCGAAUUGAAUGGCUCCGGCCUGGACGGUGGACACAGCAACUUCGAAAUGGUUUCUACAGUAUUAAAGGAGCUCAGAUGCAAGUCCGAGGAGAUUGAAAAGCUGAAGUUGGAAAUCGAGGCAUUGAAGUUUAAAAACAGAUACAUGGAGGAACAAGCUCUAAGGCAAUCUUCAUCUUCCAUAGUUACCGACGGAGCACUUCCCGAAAUAGGAAGUCAUGGCCUCUUGCUACAGAGUAGCCGAAAACGCCCUUGGCCGGACUCAUCUCCAUCUGGCCGUACACAACCGAUUGCAGACUCAUUCGAUGAUGGCGAAGAUGACAGUCUCUCAGAUGAUGGUCUCCUGACAGAUGCACGCUUUCUGCCAAUGAAGAUUCCUUUGAAGGACCCAGGCCUGAUAACUCCUGUAACAGAUGAAGCAGCGGAUGUUCAAUCACAGUUGGAGUUUCCAAGACCUCAGAAUAAUACCCAGUCAAAACUUCACCCCCACUCUAAUAGCGCAACAGACACUCAGCAUUCGAGCCCACACCAAGUUGUUUCCAAACGCCCACGUCUCUCCCAGCCGGUCGAUAUCGCAGCUAGUGAUAAGAUUCCAGAGAAAAGAAGGCCAGGGCGGCCGAGGAAAUCGAUAAGCCGAGUUCCGAAACCGGAUACCUUUCAUACGCCAAAGCCAUCGCCGAGAGGCGAGCAAAAUGGCAACACCAGCAUCGGUAGCCAGAAGGGUGAUGCAAUGGUGAACCCGAGCCCCAGUGAACUUGCAAGGCCGAACAGCCAUCGCGCACCCAAUUCCCACCCCAGGAAUCUGCGCAGCCGAUCCAGGGCCCCAUCACGUUCGAUGCCCAGUUCACAGGCGGAAAUAGGCGGGAAUAAUGCGUCAGAACGGAACUCGGCGACUCCGCCCACGAGCAAUAUUGAGCGAGAAUCUUUGCCCUUAUCUCAAAUAGAAAAGGUCUCCAUACAGGUCGCAUCUGCAAAUGAAAAUUCGCAAAACAUGUCAGAAGGCCCGCAGGGAAAUGUCAAAAUGCAGGAAGCACACAGGUCUCAAGUUGCCUCAAGGGAUCUCUUGGUGAAGCUGGCCAUGCAGCGUGAAGAGGCGAUGGAAACAGAGGAAAGUCGGUGAAACGGAUGAUAUAAUGGAUGGUCUGUCCUGUCCAGAAUGAACGUUUCCCUCUCAAUACAUUUUGUAUUUUGCAAGUUGGGACAUAUUCGCUUUUCUGGAAGAUAUCUCCCAUAACAUGGUUACCCAUGAAGACCAUGUUUCAAAUGAAACCAAAGUGCCCAGCAUUUGGGAAAGCACAACUGUGAUGAACGCAUACGCUCAGAGAGAAUGCAGUCCUUAUGGUGCCAAGCCAAAUCAGGUCCGCCUUCACUACGAAAGCCGAAAUUGCCCAAUUGGGACAUUGGUCUUUGGGUUCACUCCAGCAUCCCUAGCAUUCAUGCUUGCAUAUCAUCUGUGUCUGUGGACAUAGCUACAAUAUAGGAAGCAUUUGAUUAAUAGGUACGAGGGAACAUCAGGUGUCCUCUGCCAAAUCAACCCAUGUCCUGUAUAAGGAGCAUGCGCACAAACCUGUACAGUAGAAAGCAAUGUUCAUAUCCAAGAACAAAGCUAUGUGAUGACUUUCUGUGGAUGCUGCUGGAACUAGGAAUAGCUCUUGAUCUUUGUACGUCAUUUAGUCUACUAGGCAAUCUGGACAAUCCUUAUUCCAA